AUGGGUUCAAACCAAUUGCGAGGAAGUGCAUCCCAGAAACUUUUUUCCCCAGAAGACCAACAAGCCAAGAUCAAUGAGGUGAAAAAGAUUAUAGGUGGUAUUGCUGAUAAGCUACCAGAGUUUUGUUCUGACGAAUCCAUAUCAAGAUACCUAAGAGCAAGAAAUUGGAAUACAAAAAAGGCAGCCAAAAUGUUGAAAGAAACUUUGAAGUGGAGGUUGCAAUCCAAACCAGAGAAAAUUACAUGGGAAGAUGUUGUUGAUGAAGCUGAGACAGGAAAAGUUUACCGUGCCAAUUUCUGUGACAAGAAUGGGAGGAUUGUGCUUAUCAUGAGACCAGGUCUCCAG